AUGGCGACAACCGACCCGCGUGAUCCUCCUGGGUUACGAUGGCUCGAAACACUCAUUCCGGGUGUAUACUUUAUAUCGGGGUUUGGGAGUCUAAUCACAUUCACGUCGACGGUUGGAAUUUUCGGAUCCCCCAAACAUUACUACUCCGAGAUUCAAGUCUUCAUCGCCCUGUCAUGGCUAUUCUUCACGCUUUCAUUGGCCCUCGCGACCUUGACGUCCAUGGCUUUGACGUUUCAGCGGGACCACGUCCGUGACGCCUUCUCGCGCGGCUACAAGGGAUGGCGUGGCGGUGCCGGGAGCCGGACCGCGGGAGAGAGGAGUGUCGUGUUCGGGAUUGUCGUGCUGGGUUCCGGAAUGUGGUUGAUGCUGCUCGUCUGCUUGGCCUUUGUGUUUUUGAGCCUGAGCGUGGCAGCUUAUUGCCUCGCUGUGGGUUGGAUCAGUUUCGUGGUGUGUCUCGGCAUGAUGAUUUGCACUGUGUUGUUUUGGAUCUUGAUGGGUCAGAGAGAUUGA